ACUUCCAUUCUCGGGCGAGUACUCUUGUAGGGAGGUGUGCGUGGUGUGUGUGCUCGUGACGCGUGCAUUUUAACUCUUGAGCAGCGCGUACAUUGUUAUUCGUAUCAGAAAACCACAAAUAAUACCAUUGUGUAACGGUUGUUAUAAGUGCAUUAGUAAAUAAAGUUCACAAUUAUGGAAGGAGAUAGCAUGACCGCUCCUGGAAAGACAGCCAUCAAUGGUUCAGCUGACGGGACGACAGCAGCGUCAGGCAAGGCAGGGCCGAGCCUUCGCUCUAUAAUUCAGCCUGGCGCUGUCUUCCACCCUGAGCUACUCGACCCUCGAGUUGCUGAUUUGAUCUACUGGCGCGACCCUAAGAAGAGCGGUGCAGUGCUGGCCAGCUUACUAGUGCUGCUCCUCUCUCUCGCCUUCUUCUCUGUCAUCUCCGUCUUCUCAUACACCGCGUUGAUGGUACUCUUCGCUGCCAUCUCCUUCAGGAUCUACAAGAACAUCAAACAGGCCGUUCAAAAAACACAAGACGGUCAUCCUUUCAAAGAAUACCUGUCCGUGGACGUGUCUCUGCCUGCUGACCACGUGCACAGUGCUGUGGACGUCUUGCUUUCGCAGCUCAACUCGACGCUCGCUUACCUCCAGAAAAUCUUCCUCGUUGACGACCUCAUAGAUACUUGCAAAUUCGGGUGCUACUUGUGGGUGCUGACUUACAUCGGUGCGUGGCUUAACGGCCUCACGGUGAUCAUCCUACUCGUCAUCGCGCUCUUCUCCAUCCCUAAAGCCUACGAGCAGAACAAGUCGCAAGUCGACCAGUUCCUCGGCAAUGUGCAGCAGCAAGUGAACCAAGUGCUUGAGAAGAUUAAAGCCGUAAUUCCUAUUGGCGGCGGUGGCGGCGGCAACAAGGAGAAGGAUCAGUAAAUUUGCCAGCGUUGAUUCAGUCGAGGCUGCUCACCUUGUGGACCUCAGCCCCUAUGCCACUGACUGCGUCUUGUACUGGAAACAAGCGUCAGCGUCCCAGCGUCUCUUGGUCAAACCAUCAAUCUCAUUGUCACUCAUUUCUCUUGAAUUUUGCAUAUGCUGAAAGUGGCUUUAAAAGACGGGCAGUUCGACGUUCAUUAUUAUACGAACUUCUUUCAUGUAGUAACAGUUGUAUCUGGAAGCCCGCUGGCAUGUAAUUGUUAAAAAACAAGUUGUAAAUGUUUUUACUUGAUCUUCGCCACUAUACAAAAAAUCAUCACAAGUGGGUUUCAAUACCUGCAAACUAAUUUUAAAUGAUGGCGUUUUCAGAGAGAUCAGGCAAGGACACAAAGUGCUCAGAUAAAUAGGCUAAAUUUGAUUACCAUCCGUACGGAGAACUUCGUGAUGGAAGUAUGAUGCAUGUAUACAAGUCGAUUUGUAUCUUUACUCCUUCUAUGACAUGUAUGUAUAAAAGAUCUCCUGUAUCAUAACCCACUAUUGCACUUUUCUUGUUCGGUAUUAUUUCAUUACUAAAAUUGAAAUAUUCUAUCGGUAUUUGUUUGAUUUUUAUAGCUAUUAUAUUCAUGUUCGCUGUUAUAUCAGGGAGCUUGAUAUUCUAAAUGUAAUGUUACUACACAAGCCUAAACCUCUGAGAAAUAGAGGGAAUGCUGCACCUCGUGGUGCUUUAGUUGCUGUUUGAGGCUCCUGUGUAUGUGAACGCGAAGUUCAUUCAUUGAAAUUUGUAAGAAGUUGGUGUGUGAAACAGCCUCGUACUGCUUACGAGAUUCGUAAAGCGCGUUUUUUCACUGUCGCUAUUUGUCAUUUUACAGUUAAUUUUCAUGUAUUUCUGGAUAUAUGUUCCGUUGCAAUUUUUCUGAAGCGACUACUGAUCGAUAAUUCAUCGACAACUCAGUGCUGUCUGCAAAAAGCGUCCCUGUGAUUGCCUGUUGAGAGAUCAUUUACCCGGGUUAUGACGGUUUCAGAUAAGAUUUUUUUAUGUUAAUUACUUAUGUCCAGUAUUUUAUUGUGCACUUAGAGUGAAUUAUACGAGUCACUAUAUCAGUCGUGAAUGAUUGCUACUGUUUUUGUACGUAUAUGUCGGAUUCUUGUCAUGAGCUCUUAAAGUCUUGAGACUAAGCCCGAGCCAUCUGCAAGGUAUUGGAUCAAUUGAGAUGCUGCAUGUAAAUCACACCAAAUGAUCCUUUGUGAGAUCAUUAGUAGUUCCCUACAAAAUAAUCUUUAGUUUUCACGCGACGUGUUGUUAAGGAUUAGCUGCCUCCUGUUCUAGUUGGUACUUUGCCUCGUGAUUGCUGUCAGUUUAAUAGGAUAUGAUUCAUGUAUUUAAUCGCUUCCAUUUCGUUAACGCGAUCUUUCCGAGAAAUUUAGAGAAAUUCGCUCGUUUCAACUAUGUAUGAUUUUUUGCCGCUCUCCUCUCUAUUGUUUUAAGUGAAGAUUUAAAGUGAUUC